CCAUUUCAAAAAUCAAACCACCACCACAGCAACCACAAACACCACCAUCAGCGCUACCAGAACCUCCAUAACGUAACAAUGGGUCUCAGGAAGUCGAACAAUAAACAAACUCAAGCAUUAGCUCUCAAGAAAAUCAUCAAAAGGUGCUCAAGUUUUGGCAAGAACAGUGAUGACAAUAGCCUUCCAAACGAUGUCCCAAAAGGACAUUUUGUGGUGUACAUAGGAGAAAGGCGAAGCAGAUACAUCGUACCAAUAUCAUGUUUGGAUCAUCCAACGUUUCAAGACCUACUACAAAGAUCUGAAGAAGAAUUUGGAUUCAAUCAUGAAUCAGGCAUAAUCAUUCCUUGCCAAGAAGUUGAUUUUUUGUCAUUUUUCUCCAUGAUUGCAUGAAAGAAAAAAAGAAAACCAUAGAUUCUUCCCAUUUUGUGAAGAAAUUUCGUUUUUGGUGAUCCUCUUUAUAUUUUUCUCAAGUGGUGUGUGUGUGUUUCAAUACCCUUGGAAAGAUAUGUUUCAAAUUUUGUACAAAAUGGAAAGUUUCUGCAUGGGAGAUGAUUUUUCCCUCAUGCAUUUAAUA